AUGAGCGCAUCUCAAAAGACAUUUCCAUAUUCAUUGGGUCCAGUUUUAGAAUACACCCUUAAGGCUUUGAAAAAAUAUCGCAGCGAUCAGCAUAAAUUACCAUCAGUAGCAAAAAAUGCUAGCUCAAAGCUAAGACCUUUAGUCGUGGGAAUCUCAGGACCUCAGGGUCUCGGAAAGUCUACUCUUGCUGCUGCACUUCAAACUGCUCUUGAAGCUCCACAGAAUGGAAACUUGCAUGUCCAAAGAUUUAGCCUUGAUGAUGUAUACCUAACACAUCAGGAUCAACAAGAACUAAGUACUAACAGCAAUGGUAAUCCAUUGUUGCGCACGCGAGGCCAACCUGGAACACAUGAUCUUAAUUUGUGUGUGAAAAUGCUUGAUGCAUUGUGUGGAGCCUCAGGUCGUCGCGUGCAAGUUCCUAUAUACGACAAGGCAGCUUAUAGUGGUGAAGGAGAUCGAGAAUUUGAAGGAAAUAUCCCUGAGACUAAUAGUUUAGAGAAGGAAACUGGAUACUUGGAUGUUGUGAUUUUUGAAGGAUGGUGUGUUGGAUUCCAAAGUUUGACAGCUGAGGAUUUAUCUGCUGGAAUUCGAGAAAGAUUAUUGGGUAGCGCGCGUGGAUCAAAUAAAUUAUUUAAUUUACUUGCUCAGCAUCCGGAAUACCUAACUUCAGUCAAUGAACAUCUAGCCGCAUACCAAGCUAUAUGGGACUAUUUUGAUGUAUUUGUACAUUUGGAUGCCGGUGACAUUGGGUGGGUUUAUGACUGGCGACUGGAGCAAGAGCACAAGUUAAUUGCAGAACGGGGGACUGGUCAGAGUGAUGAACAGGUUCGCGAGUUUAUUAACGGAUAUAUGUCUUCUUACUAUCUUUAUGUCCCUCGACUACGGGCAUGCAACGCACGGGGACCAUUGGUCGGCAAGCAUGUACGGGCACACAUCCGGUUGGUAGUAGACAAAAGCCGAAACAUUGCACACAUCAUUAAUAGUGAAGCUGAUCGUGAAAGACUAUAA